GCGAGGCGUCAACGCGCCGCUGGGUGCGCAGGAGGCCCCAAGGCCGGAUGGGCCGCCGCGCCGACGCCCCCUGCCGGCCGGCCCGCGCCCAACGCUGGGCUUGUGGGACGCCCGUGGCCGGAUGCCCUCCGUUCGCUCCCUCCUCGGCCUCUUGGCCGCCGCGGCGGCCUGUGGCGCCUUCGCCUUCCUGGGCUAUUGUAUUUACCUCGACCGGAAGCGGCGCGGGGACCCCGCGUUCAAGCGCCGCCUGCGGGACAAAAGAAGAGCCGAGCCUCAAAAGGCUGAGGAGCGGGGCACGCAGUUGUGGGAUCCAGCGAAGAAUAAAAAAUUGCAAGAACUUUUCUUGCAAGGACGGAUGGGAGAACUUUGGUUAUCUAGAGGAGAGCACAGAAUGGGGGUUCAACACCUCGGCAAUGCCCUUUUAGUGUGCGAGCAACCACGGGAACUUCUGAAAGUUUUCAAACACACACUCCCUCCCAAGGUAUCUGAGAUGCUGUUGCACAAAAUUCCCCUUAUUUGCCAGCAAUUUGAGGCAGACAUGAAUGAACAGGAAUGCUUGGAGGAUGAUCCUGAUUGAAAAACAUUUCAACGUAUCCACAGUCCAGUGAGAAUACUAUGGUACCAUACAGUAUAAACAACUGCUCAGUGAUAUUUCCAUUUAUUUUACUUUUAGUAAUAAAAAUUUUUCUAUCUCAUA